AAAACUCUUAUUUAUCCACCAUCUUUGGGGUUAAUAUUGCCCAGCGGUGCAAAACGAACUGCACGGUGGUCAUGUGAUGUACACGGAAGUGUAACUCCUCUGCACCGCAGUUGUCAGUACCUUGCAGAGUUGUAGAACCGGUCUACACCGUUAACGUCUAAGUAGUAUAUUGAAACAGCUGGUUAAUGUAGCCUAGGUUAGUAGUCAGCUCGUAUCUAGUCGUCUCUGCGGUCAUGUUAUUGUUGAGUGUUGUUAGCAGUGUAUGUCUGCUCCUAGCGACACUACAGGCGGUACAAUGUGACGCCGAAUUGAACACAUCUACAGGUGAGAAUACCGGACAACUCGGGAAGUAUUCGGUGCAGCUCGUGACUAACUCGUCCAACGGCACCGACCUAACCUACGGCUUCGUCUCGUGCGGGGUGGCCGUUCUGUUUUACGGUUCUAACUUUGUCCCCGUGAAGAAGAUACCCACCGGAGACGGUCUGUUCUUCCAGUGGGUGCUGUGUGCAGCAGUCUGGAGCGUAUCUCUGGUGGUCAACAUUAUUCUGGGGUCUCCCACCUUCUGGCCGCUAGCCAUGCUGGGGGGGGCCAUCUGGGCUACAGGUAACAUCACGGUGGUCCCCAUAGUGAAAACCAUCGGUCUGGGUCUGGGCCUCCUCAUCUGGGCCUCUUUCAACCUCCUCAUUGGUUGGGCAAGCUCCAGGUUUGGCUGGUUUGGGAUCGAUGCUGAGGAAGUUUCUAACCCAACACUCAACUACUGUGGAGCAGGAUGCUGUCUGCUCAGUGCUGUGAUCUUCUUCUUUGUGAAGAGUGAUGUUCACAGUCAGUCCUCCAGACCAGAAGAGGAGGAGCCACUACUCAUAGACGGCUGUGUAAAUGCAGAUGGUGGGACGUCGUCUGAUGACUCGUGGGUUGACACACUAAGACCGCGGACCAAACGACUGGUUGGUUCUCUCCUAGCUGUGGCAGCAGGUUUGUUGUACGGUACCUCUUUUGUUCCAGUUCUCUACAUUAAGAACCACGCAGCACAUCAUGACAGCCACUUCACCGGGGCAAGCCAGUUUGAUCUGGACUAUGUGUUUGCCCAGUUCAGUGGGAUAUUCCUGACCAGUACGGUCUACUUCCUGAUCUACUGCGCUGCCAUGAAGAACAAACCUAGAGUCUACCCUAGAGCAAUACUACCUGGCUUUGUCUCUGGGGUGAUGUGGGGUAUUGCUACCUGCUGCUGGUUUCUGGCCAACACCUACCUGAGUGCUGUGGUCAGUUUCCCCAUAAUAACCACGGGUCCUGGUCUGAUUGCAGCUCUUUGGGGAGUGGUGGUCUUUAAGGAGGUUAAGGGUUGGUGUAACUUCCUCAUCCUGGGCAUGGCGUUCUCAUUGGUUCUCGCUGGAGCCCUGCUAACAGCCUUCUCCAAGGUGUGACACACACCUGGUCUAAGGUGUUAUGACUUUCCGCCAGACACUCAGGGAACCAGGAUGAGGAUGGUUACUGUACUCCAAAAGGGAACUGUCUUUUCACCUAGUUUCUAACUAGAAAUUAUUUCCAUAGUCUCUUAAUAUUUUAAUGUUUGAUAAAAUUAUGUCUAUUUCCAUGAAUUCAUCUCAAAGGGAUACUAUUUUUUAUGAAGUUAUCUAAUGUGAUACCAGUGGAUGAAGAGGUUUAACUGUAGAGUCAAUACUUCCUGUUGUUCCAUCCAAUGUACGGGAAAUUGCAAGUCAACCUGCAAAGUAAACACUUCUAAGAUCAACAUGACUAAACUAGAAAAAGGUAAAUUUGUUGAAGAAAAUGUGUGGGCUUUCAGCUCUAUGAAAGGUUUUGUAGCCUACCAUAGCCAUUUGAUAUGUUGAAUAAUUAUAUAAAAGGCGUUGUUGGGUUCUGAGAAUAUGAAAUAUACUUAUUCAUGUCACUGAGGGUAAUGUAUAAUGUUUACAUUAUGUCAGGAUAUGUCACUGAGGGAGGGUAAUGUAUAACGUUUACAUUGUCAGGAUAUGUC